AUGAAAUGUCUUGUGCUUUCGAAUUAAUUUCACCUGUUGCCUUUAAAUAUGGUUAUCCUGUGUUAUCAUCGUUCAAGGUGUUCUUUGCACCGAAACGUAAAAUGCCUCUGUUCUUUGCACCUGUGAGGCAUUAGAUGAGCCAUUUUGCCCUACCAUCAGAUUUAGAGCGAGUUCUUUUUGUUCCAGAAUCAAUUUACAAUAUAUUCGUAUAAUAUUUGUAAAAACUAAUAUUUGGAAUUAUUCCAAUUGAAUUCUCAUUUAUCUAACUAUGGCCGAGAAAGCACUCUGAAGUACAUCUUUAUACAAGGGCACAAUAAGGAUGAAGGCACAUGCCCAUUCUAUACUGUUCAAUGAGAUGACCACUUGCCUGUCCAUCAAGUUAUCAUGCAGACAUUAGAUCCGACACCAUCUCCCGAAGAUGAUUGGAGGAUCUAUUGAAUUCCCAUGAUGAUAAAGAGAGUUGAUUUUACACAUUUAGAAAAGUUGUCAUAUUUGGAAAAAUUUACGUAGAUUAUCUUUUAUCUAUUUAUUCAAUGCAAUGGGCAAAGGAAAGAGACUAUACCACAGAAAAAAUUCACCGUUUAAAAAAAAAGUGGCUAGAAUUGCCUGGUCUAGACUUGCCAUCCAAAUACCUGAUUAGAACCGCGGAAUGCCUGUCCAUCAAGUUUCCAUGCAUGGUCACUGGCCAGCAUGCACAUUUGACUGCAUCACACUUUUUGCUUAGUCCAUAGUUUCUUCUUCUUCCCAGACUAGACACUCUAAUUACCCUAGUCGUUUAACUCUUUAUCACGUCAUGAAACUUCAAUGAUGUCUUUAUACCAUUGCCACACCAUGGGGUCUUAGAUAUUUUUUAAUUUUCUGAUAUGCCUGGUUUUCUCUUGGUUUAAUGCUCUUCGAAGCUCACAUGAAAAUCUGUCAUAAAUGUCUUGACUUUUCUUCUCAAUUUUAUUCCACUGUUUAUCUUUUACUUAAAUCAGGGGGCAGUGCGAGCUAUUGCCAAGGAGCUAACGUUUCCUCUACCAAUUUUUUCCACUGUUUAUCUUUUACUUAAAUCAGGGGGCAGUGAGAGCUAUUGCCAAGGAGCUAACGUUUCCUCUACCUCUUCUAGCUAUAUCUCACCAGCAAUUAAUACGUGGUACUUGUUUGAAUAAUUAUUGAUUUCAUCAUGUUAUAUUUCAUCUAUUAUUCAUUGCCUUGGUGGACAUUUUGAUCCAUCACUGAUUAGUUUUUUUCGCAGGUAAAUUGAGAGAUCCUGCUUCUGCCGCACUUGUUGAGGUCUGCUCCUUGCAAGGCUUGCCCAGUCAAAUCGUUGCAUUUUUAUUAAAUUUUAGAGCGCGCGACCCAAACCGAUUAGUUCAUUUUCUUAUGUUCAUUGGUUCAUUCUGCCUACAGGUCUGGGAAAAUUAUUUUGGAGUCAGUAUUAGAGAUGCAGCUGAUAAGGAGUUAUACAGUCCCAGCCAUCUAGCUGAAAAAUUUGCAGCUGCAUCAACGACUGUGGGGAGAAUUGGUUUCAUUGGCCUUGGGGCAAUGGGUUUUGGAAUGGCAACUCAUUUACUAAAAUCAAACUUUUCUGUGAUUGGUUAUGAUGUAUUAUUCUUUUCUUAUCUCGUUGUACCUUAUUAUUUGAUGAGUUGAUUCAUUUUUUCUAGUCUGACUGGGAGUAGACAAUCUUAUUCAGUUUCAGUCAUUGCAUCAUUUCCAUCGCUGAAUAAGUUUACAGUUAUCCACAUAUUAUCAAUGCAUUUGACCUUACUUCCUUAUGGAGCAUAUUGUGCGUUUUUGUUAGUGCACUAUCUUUCUUCACCGCGAACACUGGACUGCCUCAAGGAGGCAAAAACUAAAUUAUCUCAAUCUGUACACACAGAAAACCGUCCUUGGAAAAGAAAUGAAAUUGUAACUAAAGAUUAGCAAGCUUUGCCAAGUAGACUGAUUCUUGUCUAAAGCGGCCAGCUUGGAUCACGAUUGAGGAACCUUAAUGUAGUUCAAAUUGGGGAAAUUUGGUUCCCCUUGAAUGUCAAGAAAAAGGUAAAACGUAAAGAUUGAGGUGAGAAAUCAGAUUUCUCGGAUAGGAUUCCACUUGAAAUGGUCUUCUCCUAGAUAUCCAAGUCUGAUUUGCACACAGCCAAUUUGACAUCUAAUCAUGUAUUGAAGACCUUGAGAUUAUCACCAUUUGUUCAUACCCUAGUCUCUUGUUUUUCUGGUUCAAGUCCUUAUAGUCUCGGAAUCCUUAACCCUCAAAUGGUAUCAUAUUGAAAACAUUCUAUUCUUUGGGUCAUUAAGCUACUCAUCUGGUAUUUUUUCCUCAAAUAUUUUAGUAGACAACGUAAAGUGUCUUAGGCUAGUCACUAAUCUUUAGUGCAAGAAUAGAAUGUAAGGGGGAACAAAAACUGUGCACGCCACAAUGGAACACAUGAAUUUUAAUAGUGAUUCGAUCAAUCCCAAAACCUACUCUUCCACCUAUUCCCUUUUCAGUAUUUUAUAAUAAGUUUCUAUCAACCCUAUUAUAUAUUGGCUUUCUUAAGAUAUUAAUCAGACCUUUAAACAAUGUUAACUUUCUUAGGAUACCAAUCACUUCGUCACGAUUUCCAAGCUACAAAAAAAUAAUGAGCCCAAAUAAAAUACUCAAAAAGCCUAUUAAAUAUGAGGGAAGCAUUUCUGAAGUGAUGGGAGAUGCAACUCGAUCAUUUGAACUUAGUUCACUUUAUUGGUUUGAACACGAGCAACAAUAGGGAUUUAAACUUUUGAUUUGUAGGAGUUUUGUAAGACUUCCUUUCAUGUCCUUUAAUAGUCUCCAAUCGCUAACUAGAUGUUGUCAAGAUUUCCUCUACAAAUGGUCAGGUUUUAUAAACAUUUUUACUUGCUAUUUUCAGCAAUAUUGUUUCUGCGGAACCACGUGUUGGCACUUUUGAGUUUUUGUGUCGGCACACGUCCAAGAGUGGACGACCAGACGCUCACUUUUACUUCAAGAUUGGACACGAGAUAUGAUUAAAAUUUCUACACACAAAGCCACUUCUUUUUUGCAUAGAUUGCUCUAUAACCUUAAGGGAUCAAUUUAUCUUACUGACUUCAUUUUUUAUCAUUUUUUUCUUGAAAACCUUCAUUUCAUUAUUUAAACUCAUGCAAAAUAUUUACAAUAAUUGAUAUAAAAAUAGAAACUUGGUAAACAUCAAAAUCAACUUAUUGUGUUCAACACAACCCAUCAUCGAAAAAAGUUAUUAUUAUGCUUCUCGUUCACGCUCACAAGGUUAUGGUCUUCAGUGCAUUAGUACAUUGAUGCUUCUUUUCUAACAAUUUUCUGAGUUUCACGAGAAAGUUGAAUCCUAUGUGCUUUCUGAGAAAUUUUCCAUCUUAUGUAAAUCAUAUAUUAUGUCAUUUAUCUAUGUAUGAAGUGUUUUAAGUUAGAAUCUUAGGGUAUCUUAAUAUCAAUAAUAUUGAUGUGAAAAAGCUGGUUUCAAAUAUUAAUUUAAUUAGUUAUGAAUUCUUUUAUUUCUAGCAUAAUGACAAUCUAAGUUUGGGAUAGAAACCCUAAUGGAUGUAGGAAAGCUCUCAGAGCGAACAACACUAUGAAAGAGAAGAUUGAGCGAGAACGAUGUUUUAUCUUGAAACAAGCAGAUCCUCUGAAUAUCGUUACAAAAUGACCUAGAUAUCCUGAAAUAAGGCCAGUCAUCAAGGGAAACAGUAUCAAAAAGACGUUAGAGAUUAUUUUCGGACUAUUAUAGUUUUUUUAACGGCUAUAAUCACCUGUCUUACACUCUUUUUCCUCUUGUGCUUAGACUUAUCUCGUUAUUUAGAAAUUAGGCCAAAACAGUCAUCUGCAUCAUCUCCUUUCAUUAUAUGUUUAUUUGACAAAUUAUAGUUCUUUUUUUGCUCAUUUCAUGCAGGUGUAUGAGCCAUCGUUAACUAGAUUUGCAGAUGUUGGUGGUUUAAUUGGACAUUCACCUGCGGAAGUAUCUAGAGGUAAUUUUCGAUGUGUGCUUUUUGUCAGCUUAAAGUCACAUGCAGACUGAAAUUUUGGAUCAUUCAUGAAGACUCUACAAGAUUAUACUUUUCUACUCAUAGUCUAAUAAUGUAAUACAUGAUAUAACCUUAACCCCUGUGCUGCAUUAUAUUCAUAUAACAACUCUUAUUGGACCUAGUGUGCCAUAAUAUAUAAUUGUUGUGUACCAGAUGUGGAUGUGCUGAUAAUCAUGGUUGCAAAUGACAUUCAAGCAGAAAGCAUUCUGUUCGGUGAUGGUGGAUCUGUGUCAGGUAUUCGUAAUGAAUGUACUGCCGAUGUUAUAACGAUUGUGUAGUGCGUCUUAAUCAUGAUGUUUUUGCAGCCCUUCCUGUUGGGUCAUCCAUUAUUCUUUCAUCUACUGUCUCUCCUGGCUAUGUGACUCAGCUGGAGCAACGCCUAAAAAGUAAAUUCUUUCUCCUUCUUAUUGUAAAUUGGCAAUGCCCUUUAUUUCAUUGCCUGGUAAGAAUAUUCUUAGAUAUUGAUCGGCUGAGAUAUUGGGUCACCUUUUCUUUUCUUCUUUGAGAAAGUAGGGGCUCUUUAUUUUUCUCAUUGAAGUUAGUUAUUGGUAGAUGUCAUUUGUGAAGAAAAGAAGUCAAUUCUAGAAUGUUACAUUAUUCUCUAUCCCUGUGAGGCUCGCAAGUGUGUUUAGAGUACGCAGGCUUCCAAGCAAACAGGCCAACCAAUGAGGAAUCUAGCCAACAUCCGCUUGUGGUUGUACCUUUUGUCUAUGGUGCAUAUGACAGGGCCUAAAAGAAUAUGUAUGCGUUUGAGAUGCUGUGUUUGAAAAUUUGUACACUGGAUAUGGCUAGUUCAGAUUCGCAAUUAAAUCUAUCAACCUCGUUCACUCAAUGACAAUUGAUUGAUUUGGAGGGCUGAAUUAUUUUACUAUAUGGGACAGUGAAUCAGGUUUGGUACGAUAUCAUAAACUAUAAGUCCAUCCGCUUUCAUAAAACGCUACCAAUGACAGAAAUGGAAUGUUAAUCUCUUUGUUGAUUCCAUUUACUUGUUACCAUAUGAUACUUUCCUCCAUCAAAUUUUAUUUAUCUGCUGUUGACUGUUUCCUAGAUUAUAACAGAGUAGUUUUAUCACAGACGAGCACAAAAACUUGAAGUUGGUGGAUGCGCCUGUUUCUGGUGGUGUCAAAAGAGCCGCGGAUGGAACACUUACAGUAUGAUUGUCAUUUUCUCGAGAACUAAUUGUUGAAAUGGUUUUUGGUGGAUGUUGACUGCAUAUACAUUAAUUUAUCGAAUUUUAUGAGAUCAAACUUUUUUCCACCCUAGAUAAUGGCAUCCGCUACUGAUGAAGCUCUUGAGCAUUCAAGUUCCGUCCUUUCAGGUAGAAUUAAUUCCAUGCAAGUUCAGUCCUUUCAUGCAAUCAUAGUUCUUUGCUUGUUGAAGAAUUAAUUCUCUAGUUGUCUAGAAAUUAAUGGCUCUUGGUUUUUUCUUUAAAAACAAUUCCAGCAUUAAGUGAGAAGCUCUAUGUUAUAAGAGGUGGAUGUGGAGCUGCAAGGUAAUGGAACAGACACAGCCCUCCUUUACUUUUCCUGUAAAUGAGAUACUUUAAAAUCUAGAUGUACUUGUUUGAAACUCACGUGAACAUUACGUUUCACGGUUUCUUUGAAAUAUAUUCUUUAAAUUUCAUUAUUGAGAGAAGAUGUCUGAGGAGCUUACAUUCCUUUUCUGAUGGCCAGUUCUGUAAAAAUGGUCAACCAAUUGCUAGCUGGAGUUCAUAUAGCAGCAGCAGCUGAGGCAAUGGCAUUUGGGGCUAGAUUGGAACUUGGUACAAGAAUGUUGUUUGACAUAAUCACGAAAAGUCAAGGAAACUCAUGGUAUUCAUGAAAUUUCAAUUUUUCAACUUCGACAUUAGAAUUCAAUUAACAUUUGGUCCUCACUUACUAUGCACAGACAUCAUGUCACAAAUCAAAACUGCUCUGUGUAAUUUAUCAAUCUAUGAUUAAGAAAGGUUGCUGCUAAUUUAAUGAUUGAGAUUUUUUAUGAUCCACCUCAGGAUGUUUGGAAAUCGUGUGCCACACAUGCUGGACAAUGAUUACACGCCAUAUUCAGCUGUUGAUAUCUUUGUGAAGGAUCUUGUACGGAUUUAUGUCAAAUUUCUUCUUUCAAUUUUUUUACCUCGAUUGUGUGCCUGCCAUUUUCUACUCAUGCGUGAAUUUUGUUCAGGGAAUUGUUAACAAUGAAGGAUCAGUCCUUAGCUUACCCCUCAACCUUUCUGCUGUUGCUCACCAGCAGUUUCUAGCAGGUCCUCUACAAUUGGGGUUUUAGAUGAUAGUUUUUUUACCUUAGUCUUCUUUCAAUGGCUUGGAUCUUUCUCACAUAUACAUGUCAACAAAAAUUCAUGUUCGUGGGUCCUGCAGCAUCUAAACUAAUGUACCUAUAAUAUACCUUUCAUAGAUAUAUAUUAACUUUGCAAUACUAUAUUGUGUAUCUCCUCUACAUCUUUCCUUAUUCGUGUUCUAACAGCAUGUUAGCAGUUGUCUACCAAUCCGUAUCAUUAUAUUGAUGUUUAAACCGUCAUCUAAUGGGGCAAUGUUUUGAUUCAUUAGGUUCUGCUUCUGGAUGGGGCCGACUUGAUGAUGCUGCUGUUGUCAAGGUAUUCGAUUUUUUAUGCAGAGUUCCUUUCAUUACGAUGAACAGCCUUGAGAAAUAAUUAAAAUGCCAAAAUGGAGACAAAAACAACGGAAGUUGUAUUCGGAUCAAGUGCCCGGAUUUGCUAGGCUCAGUCUCAGGGAGAGCUGGAUUCAGGUUAAAAAGGCUCUAAUUAUUACUCCUAUUAAGUAUUUAUCUGUAAGCAUUUGCUAAAAAAGACUGAAUUUAACAAAAAAUUAUGGACGAUUUUUACAUGUGGUAAAUAGAUCGCAAGACAGACUCCCAAUUACAGUUGUCGAGGAUUCCUGGUAAUAUAUCGAAGAAAAUUUGUCUCUAACUUGCCCAGUGACCUUAAUGACACCUCUUGUACGUUUGAACGAUUUUCUGCUUCAGAGAACUAAUGGGUAUCUGAGUCAACAAUAGAUUGUACGACCCUAACCUAGUUUAUAUGUAUAGGUCAACAUUAGAUUAUACUACCCUGGGCUGCUUCAUUUGUAUUACCGAUCUACUUCUCCACUUUUUGUUUAUUGUGGGUACAGUGGAUGAUGUCUAUUUAUUGGUAGCGUCUAGGCAAAACUCUAUUCUUGAGUAAUACAUUACAUUUGUGCGCUAGUUGAUUUUAUGAAUAAUCAAUGUGUUAUGCUAGUCUGGUGGUACAUUUUAUCUUUAUUCGUCUUUUAUUCCUCAAGAAAAGACAGUUAUUUACCCUUUUAACUGGAUGAGUUAUAAUCGCUACUUCGUUGGUUUCAGAGUUGAGACCACUUGCUAUUUUCUCGUUGUGUUGACAGGUUUAUGAGAAACUAACGGGAGUUACUGUUGAAGGAAAACACGCCAUUCUUAAGAAAGAAAAGGUCCUUAAUUCUCUACCACCUGAGUGGCCAGAGGAUCCUAUUGUUGAGAUUAAAAAACUGGAAGGUCACAACACUUCUAAAGUUUUAGUUGUCUUGGAUGACGACCCUACUGGAACACAAACAGUUCAUGACAUCGAAGUCCUGACAGAAUGGUAAACCUCGAUCACUUUGAAUUUCUUUGUUGUUAUUAACAACAUUAUCUAUAAACAUCAUCUUCUAUGGAUAAUUUAGGUAUGUUAUUCCUAAGUGGUGCUCUUUUAUUUCUAUGCAGUUUCUUUACUUGUAUCACGAUAUCAGUUAUAGAAUUAUCUGAGAUCUUAAGCUAAAAGAUGCACAUUGAAAACUGUUGGUCAUCAUAACUUGGUUUUAACUAUAUUUCUUACAUUUUCAAUUCAGGAGCGUCGAUUCUCUUGUUCAGCAGUUUUUGAAGAGACCUAGUUGUUUUUUCAUUUUAACCAAUUCCCGAUCACUAAGCUCAGAGAAGGUAAAUAAUCCAUGAGUCACUGGUUAUGGUGAUCCGACUUGAUACCAGUGACGCUUAAAUCCUUUUGUCUGUGAAAUGUAUUUGUAUGAAUAUAGCUGGACAUUAUUGCAUCGGUAACUCUAUUGUUUUGGUUUAAAUUGACAGGCUUACGGAUUAACUGAAGAAAUCUGUAGAAACAUAGAUACUGCGGCUAAAUCAGUUGGAGACGUUGAUUUUUCUGUGGUUUUGAGAGGUGAUUCAACACUCCGUGGUCACUUCCCACAGGCAAGUUUCUUGCUUUUCCUGUAAUCCAUCCUAUCAAUUGAUAUUUUUUAAUAAUAUACAUUAUCGUGUUUCUCUUAAAGUUAUCAAAGUAUUUAAGGAUAGCUGACUACAGGAACCAGAUGCAGCUGUUUCCGUACUAGGGGAGAUGGAUGCCUGGAUUAUAUGCCCUUUCUUUCUUCAAGGAGGUCGAUAUACUAUUAAUAAUAUUCACUACGUUGCAGAUUCCGACAGGUGUAUUUCUCACUCAGAUGCGUGAGAAAUUAGUAUCAUUGUAUAUUCAAUACACUGACUUUUUAAUGUGGCUCUCUUUUUUGUCAAUAGUCUUGUCCCUGCUGGUGAUACCGAGUUCUCUAAAGAUGCUGCGUUUGGCUACAAAGCUUCUAACCUCUGUGAAGUAUGAUCAUUUUACAUUGGAUGUCAUGAAGGAAAACAUUAUUAGCAUUAUAACUCGAUUAAUGAGAAUUUAUGUGUUUUUUUGUGAUACGGAUCACUAGUGGGUUGAAGAGAAAACUAGAGGACAGAUUUCAGCCAGUAGUGUCGCAUCCAUCUCUAUUCAGCUUUUGAGAAAGGGAGGACCAUCUGCUGUAUGUGAGCAUCUUUGUAGUCUCCCAAAGGUGAACAGAAACUGUUGCUACCUUCUCGGGCUUUACUUUGGCAACUCUUUGUUAAUGCACCUGUAUGCGGUGGUUUAAAUUCAGUAAGAUGAUUCUGGCUUAACAUUUCGUUUGAUAGUCUAUUCAUAUUUCUUUCUUUCUGCCUUCUUGUCCUUGGGAAACUAGUAUUAGUUGGUAAUAAUUUUUACUUCACCCAGAAAAAAACCAGUGCUGGACAAGAUACUGUAACUCUUGACUAGGAAGAUCCUAACAUCCUAGUUUUACCACAAUAGUCAACUUGGUUAAGAUUGUCUUAAAUUGUAGCAUGGUAGUCCUCAAUUUGGUGUGCUGGAGAUCCCGCAACACAUUUGGCGAGGAAGAAAAACCUUUAUUGAACAAAAAAAAAGAAUCUGUUUUACAAGACGGAUGGGGUCCAGUAUUUAUACCAGACCCUUGAGAGUACAUAAUUAUAAGUAUUUAGGGCAUAUCUGCCAAUAUGAAAGUGCAUGGUUAGUUAUAAAAUCCUCAUGGCAACAUUCCCCCUCAAUUUGGUGAAUGAAUAUGAUUCAUUCCUAGCUUGUGAAGAAUUUCUUGUAGCUAUGUGCCUGAAACACCUUUGGUGAGCAUAUCUGCUAACUGAUCUUUAGUUGAAAUAUAUGGUAUACAAAUCAACAUUGUCUCAAGUUUUUCUUUAAUAAAAUGCCGAUCAAUCUCCGCAUGUUUGGUACGAUCAUGAUGUAUUAGAUUAUGUACCGUGUUGAUUGCUGACUUAUUAUCACAGUAAAUCUUCAUAGAAUCCGAUAAAGGAAUAUGCGAUUCAUUGAGUAAUUUUUCAUUCAGAGAAGUUCACAAACCCCUUGGGCAAGUGAUCUGAGUUUUGCCUCAAAACUUGAAUGGGCUACCACGGUCUGUUUUUUACUUCUCCAAGUAACCAGAUUCCCACCAAUAAAUGUGAGAUUACCAGUGGUUAAUUUCUGGUCAAUUAUUGACCCUGCAUAAUCAGCAUCUGUAAACAUUUUGACAUUUACUUUCCCACUGUGUUUGAAGAGUAUUCCUUUGCUGAGUGUGCCCUUUAAGUAAUAUAACACUCUAUAUGCUGCAUAUAAAUGAAUCUCUUGUGGCUGAUGCAUGAAUUGACUCAAGAUACUCACCGCGUAUGAGAUAUCUGGUCGAGUAUGCAUGAGGUAGUGUAAACAGCCAAUAAGCCAUAGGUACAUCUCACAAUCAACCUGGACUGCACCCUCCACCAAACAAUUGGUGUAGUAGCUGGUCUACUGCAGACUUUCCUGUUUCGGCCAACAGAUCUGUUAUGUAUUUUUUUUUAGAGAUCAAAAUUCAUGAACUAGAGUGAGACACUUCGAUACCUAAAAAGUAUCUUAGGCAUCCCAAUGUCUUGACAUCAAAUGCUGAAGCCAAAUUAUAACUUAAGUUCUGUGCCCCUACAUCAUUAUUCCCUAUGAUGAUGAUUCAUCAACAUAGACCAAAAGCACGGUUACUCCCCCUGAAGGAGAGUGUUUAAAGAACAGUGUAUGAUCAGCAUUACUUUAGGAGUAUUACAAUGUCUUCAUAGUGGCUAUAAACCGUCCAAACCAGGCACGUGGGGACUGUUUUAGUCCAUAGAGAGAAUUCUUUAGCUUGCAAACAAUGUUGGGAGAGACAUUAAACUCAUAGUAUGGUGGUAGUAUUCUAUUAACCUCUUCCAUAAGAUCACCAUGCAAAAAUGCAUUUUUUACAUCAUACUGUUAGAUAUCCCAACUGAAAAUCGCAGCUAGAGAUAAUAAGAAUCGGACAGUAUUCAUUUUUGCCACCGAGGAAAAAUUCUCUUGGUAAUCAAUUCUGUAGACUUAUGUGUAGCCUUUGGCCACUAAUGUGGCUUUAUACCGCUCAAUUGAACCAUCAGUAUUGUACUUCACGAUAUACAUCCACUUGAAACCCAUUAUUUUCUUAUUUAGUGGUAAUGCUACCAAAUCCUAUGUCUCAUUUUUCUAAAGAGCCCUCAUUUCAUCAUCCAUGCUUGCUUCCACUUCAAGUUAGACAGAGUUUCAGAGAUAUUCUUAGGAACAGUAGAGGAAUCUAAGGAAGCUAGGAAUGACCUAUAAGGAGGUGACAACCAAUGGUAGGAUAAGAAAUUGGCUGCUGGAUAAAGGGGGUUUUAGUACAUUGUCUAAUAGGUUUCUGCAGGGCAAUUGGAAGUGAGUCACAUUGUAGGUUUGGUUGAUCAUCUUGUGACGAAGAAGGAGAUAUUUGGAUAUUUUCUAAGGCCUCAUUCGAAUCAUGGGCAGGUUGAGAAUCAUGAAUGACACCUUUUCUAGAAUAUACCAUGCCAAACCUCAAAUAUUCAGGAAGCAGAUCUGUUGUGGAAUGGGAUAUUUCAGGGGCUGAAAUAGGAAUAUAGAGCUGGAAAGGACUCAUGGAUAAUGGUAUUUUCUAUAGGCAAUGUAUGUUGUUCAUUUGAUGACGACUGAUUGAAAUAAGGUACUGUUUCAUGAAAUGUUGCAUCCAUAGAAGUAAAAAAUUUCUUAGUUGGAGGGUGGUAACACAUAACUUUUUUGAUUAACAGCAUAAUCAAGAAAGAUACAUUUCAGUGAUCUUGGUGCAAGUUUUCUUUUAUUCUGUUUAUUAUUAUGAGCAAAAGAAAUACAUCCAAAUGUUCUUGGUUUAAUUUUAGUGUUAAUUUGGUGGUGUGAGAAAAAAUUGGCUAGGGAAUCAGGACUGCAGAAGUCUAAGAUUCUAGAAGGCAUACGGUUGAUGAGGUAUUGAAUGGUAAACAAGAAUCUGUUUUACAAGACAGACGGGGUCCAGUAUUUAUACCAGACCCUUGAGAGUUCAUGAUUACAAGUAUUCAGGGUAUAUCAGCCGAUAUGAAAGUACAGGGUUUACUUAUAAAAUCCUCAUGACGACAUAAACAAUUUUGCAUCAUCUCAUGUCACAAAGUGCGAAUUUUGAAGUUUGCAACAAAAUAGAUUAUAUAUUCAUCCGUCUUAAUGUCAUAAUGUGUUAUGUUAUUUUAUUUUAGUACGUAUCAGUAACGCAUGCCGAGAUCACUCUGAUACAGUUAGAUCGUAACACAUUCGACAGUGGCUAUUGAAUAUCUUGUGAAUGUCAUGAAUAAAAACUUGGAAGAUUCUCUGAUCAAAUAACAGUCCUUGUCAUGGACCAGAAUAAUACUGCAGACGGCAGCUCUCAUAAAAACGUGAAUUUCUUUCUUUUUUUUCUAAAUCUUGAAGAAUUAUUUUUUUGAACCAGGGAAAACAUUCAGGAUCAGUGUUUUUCUUUCAUUUAGUUGCUGUAGAAAGUCGGGUUUGACAGUGAGAAUUGAAAUUUCAACAACAUGCUCUAUGAAUUUUUAUUAUAAUUUCUGACUGUUGCAUCGUGUAAUUGUUGGAACAAAUACAUUACUCAAAUCCUUACAUUUUACGUUUCAUGCGCCAUGAAUGUUGCCAGGGAUCAGUUUGCAUAGUAAAUGCAGCUAGUGACAGAGAUGUAGCUGUAUUUGCCGCAGGAAUGAUCCAGGCAAGUCAGAUUGCUACCCUCUUACUUUUCUCUGGUAUCGUUACUUUACUAGUUUUUUUUUCUUUGAUUUUUUUAUUAAUCAAACGAUUAUUCAACAGGCUGAAAUGAAAGGAAAAUGUUUCUUAUGUCGAACCGCUGCAAGUUUUGUAUCUGCUCGGAUUGGUAUAAAACCAAAGCCUCCCAUCUCCCCAGAUAAUUUAUCUGGAAAGCUUCUUAAAACUGGGGGUCUCAUAGUUGUGGGUUCUUAUGUCCCAAAGACCACAAAGCAGGUCUAUUUUUUCACUUUCAUCCUAUGUUUUUGUUUACAUGUAAUACAUUGAAUUUGAAAUUAAUUACUUGGUACUAAAUUCUGCAGAUUUUGGGUCUGAAAUCAAAACUUGGGCAUGUUAUUAAAUGCAUAGAGGUGACUUUUUCAUCCCCAGGUCCCUAAUGACAUUUUUCGAUUUUUAUUUAUGAUAUGAUUCGGAUUACAAAUUUAAAUUAUAAUAUGGGCGGAAUAAUAUAUCAUGGCUAUAACAUCUUUAUUUUCGCCUGAUUGAUAUCCUUCUCUGAAGCAGGUCUCUGUUGAUAAACUUUCUAUGAGUUCAUCUGAAGUGAGGGAGGAGGAAAUUAGGCAUGCAGCUGAAAGUGCAAGUUCCUAUCUUAGACUUGGGAAAGAUACACUUCUGAUGACUAGUAGGGAGCUUAUUAAGGGGAAAAGUAAGUCGUUACCCUUUUUUUUCGUCGUAUAUCCAGUUGCAUUAUGUUUAUAUUAUCAUCUUCUCUUCGAUAAAUAAGUGGUGCUUUGAAUGGUUAAAAAUAGGGAGAGGCAUUCCAUUAAUGUGGACAAAAAUUCAGUUUUUGGGUUUGAUAUGUGCGAGGUUUUCGAUAUAAACGAAUCGAUAUUAAAAGAUACUAACGCGGACAGUUUCUGUCAACCAUGUCAUACAUGUUUGAUCAUACGUCCAGUUGGCAUGACAAAACAUGGAAAAGUCCUGUCAUAAGAUUUGCUAAAGCAGCAACAGUCUGCUCAGUUGAGGGAAAGUGAUUGGAAUAAGGCAGGAAACAGGGAUGGGUCUAUCGCAGUUAUGAAGAACGAAAAAAUAUCAAUCAUAGUAUGUUUUUUGUCUAAUCUGUGGAAAUUAUAUCUUCUGUUACAUUAGAUUCACGCCAGCGGAACUAGAUCCAAAACCCAGUAAUCUCAUAUUUUUCGUUCCAUUGCAUUGCGCCGUCUGCUUCUCGUGAAUGAAGCGUUUUCUUCAUUCUGAUGUCAGUCAACACUGGUUUGUCUCAAGGUAAUAGUCCUCACGUCCUAAGUUGCAAAGAUCAUUCUUCUCUCCAUCAAUUUCUCACAACUCGAUCUGAAGUUUCAAACUUGAAUUGACCCAUUCUGGGGCCAUUUUUUUUGUACACGUAGAAUUCCUAUCUUGUAGGGCCUAAAAAAAAACUUAUUAAUGUCUCCCAGUACAAAAUGUUGAUAUGUAUAACAAAUUCCCUGAUGUCUAGCACGAUCAAUGUUACUUACUGAUGAUGCAAAAUUAUUUUCUCGAAUAUUUAUCUUAUUUUUGGAGGUGCAAUAUUAUUCAUGUAAAACGUUAUUGUGCAGCUCCUUCUGAGAGUUUAGAGAUUAACUUCAAAGUGAGCUCUGCAUUGGUGGAGAUCGUUAGGAGAAUAAAUGUACGACCACGUUAUAUAAUUGCAAAGGUACUUAAACAUCAUUCUUGAGGGUACAUCAUCAUUCAGCGGUUUAUGAAUAUUUAUGUAUAUUCUCUUGAUAUUAAGGCUCUAGAAGAAAAAAAAAACACUUCUCUCAUUAUUAUUGUGCUUGAAUUUCUUUUUUCUCCCUCUGUUUAUUCUUUUAUAUCCUAUGUUUCAUGUCAUCUGAUUAAGCUAUGACUAUGAUUUCCAGGGAGGAAUCACUUCAUCAGACCUUGCUACUAAAGCUUUAGAAGCUCAUCGGGCACAGGUUGUUGGCCAAGCUUUGCCUGGUGUUCCCUUUUGGGAGCUAGGACCAGAAAGUAGAUAUCCAGGGAUUCCAUAUAUUGUUUUUCCAGGUAAAAGCUUAUCUUAUAUAUGUUUGUAUGGACGAAGGUAGAGGAUGUUCUCACAAUUUAAUGAAUUUCUCUACCUACAUGCCUAACCCCCGCGUCGUACAGGUAAUGUUGGUGACGAUAAUUCUCUGGCAGAAGUUGUGCAGAAGUGGUCUCAUCCACCAUUGAAGUCUUCGACAAAAGAGCUACUUGUUGUAAGUGUCUUAUUUGGAAACAUGUGUUUAUGGAUUUUUACAAUAAUACAUUUCUUCUUCCUGAAGAAUGCGGAAAAGAGUGGGUAUGCUGUUGGUGCAUUCAAUGUAUACAAUCUUGAAGGGGUAGAAGCAGUUAUUGCCGCUGCAGAAGCUGAAAAAAGUCCUGCCAUCUUGCAGGUAGGGAUGAGUUAUUCAAAUGUCUUUAGAACAACUGUUUUUAGAAGCGUCAUAACGUCCAUGGACGUGACGCCUCAAGUUAUAUUUAUUGAUUGAAAUAUAAAUUAUGUGAAAAACCUUUUCUGAAUUUUGGUCAAAGUUGCCUGCUGGCAAACUUUUUCUAGUUCACAAAAGCUAUUGUUAGUUAGUUGAAAAAAUUUAAGUUUGCUACAUUAUCCUGUUACAGUCUCCUUUGUUUCUUCAUUGUAUCUUUUCCAAAUGUAUUCACAGAAGCAAAUUGAAAAGAUGUUCUGAAACAGUCUGGUCAUCAUGUCCAUUAUUCUCCUCAAGUCAGCACUACAUCUAUCAUCUCUAGUUUCUUUGGAACCUUUUUCCACUCUAGGAUACUAUCUGAUUAACAGAGAAACAAAGACCUUUAUAACGAUAUUUAUGUCCCUCUCUUUCUAAAGUUGUGCGUGUUAGUAUGAAAUUGUCUUUGCGCCUCAAAAACUAAUGCGUCAGUCUGCCCAAGACCCACUCAACUGAGCUUGUUGAGUCAUGCACGUACCCCUAAACAAUGCAGAAAUAAAUAUGGAUUACAUUUAUAAUGUGCAUGGAUAUGUCUACAUUAAUAGAAACUAAUACUUAAUAUACCUCUUUUAUUGCCCAAUCCCUAUCCCGCAUACUAAUGAACAUUCGCUCUGGAAGUAAAAGGAGAAUAAGUAGGAAAUGCUGUAAUGAGCUUUGCAAGCACAGGAAACAAUGAACCAAUGAGAUGAAUUUCUCCUAGUCCAUUUAUAUCACGUCCAAGCAAUAUGGGAUUAACUUUUCAUGGUUUAUCAACCCUUGGUCUUUAUCACAAAAAUAUCAUAAAUACGGUGCCAGCCGUACAAGAGAAAAUAUCAGCUCUAGUAUCACAAUGCUGCAACAGACCGUCUUUCAAGAAAGCUGAAGGAGAAAGCCACAAUGGAUUAAAUAAGGCUGUCGUAUUUUAAGCACCAGGGAACAGGAUUUAAAGCCCGGUGUGAAUCGUGCAUAGAAGUUUUCUUCUUCUGUAUGAUGAUUAGGUUGGAAUUUUUCUUCUCGUAGGAUACUCCUAGAAUAGUGCAUUGCUUUGCUCAAAUUCUAUGUAAAAUCUACGAAACAAUUAAUGAUGUCUUGUUCGAUUUUACCAAAUAAUAAAUUCCGUAGUGUCAUUAUCCUUUUUUUUCCGAAAUAGCGAAGAUUAGUUCAAAUCCGCAUAUUUUAUCUUUCAGGUGCAUCCUGGCGCUCUAAAGCUUGGAGGACACCCUCUAGUUGCUUGUUGCAUCUAUGCUGCUGAACGAGCCAGUGUAAGUAGAAUUCAAAUGAAGACUAGUAUGAAUAAAAACUGCUCUUCGGAAGGCUAACGUUACCAGAUUGAAAGCAUCAUCGUGCUAGUAUUUGGCAUCAUGGGUAUGCUAUAUAUAGGACAUGCAUUGAAAGGUGCUUGGGGGCCGAUAUGCUUACUGAGGAGUUUCACAAAAUCCAACUUCAUAUUUAUAAAAAAAAAAAAAAAAAAAAUUGUCUGCACUUACCUCAGUAUUCUGAUACAGAUCGUGUCCUUUUGUCACUUGUCCUUUUCUUUUGCCAUCUCUUUUAGCUCCUAGAAGAAUCCAGUACACGCACUGGAAAAGUUUCGUUCUUUAUAGUGCCAUACAUGAAGAAGGUUAAUAGAAUUCAUAUAAAGAAGAAGCAUCUAGUUUUGGUUUAGCAAAAAUAGUUUAACGUACUAUCCCAAUCAUCAACUUUCUGUUUUUAUCAAUUUUAGAGUGUUAACAUAAGAUAGGGAAAAAAAAAACGACUCACUCUAUGUGCUUUUAUAAUGAAUAUGCUCCAGUAAAAGUACAUGUUACUCGUUAUUAAAGGUAGAUAGGUGAGAAAUACGUCUUUUCAUGCCUUUAAGUGUUGCUCCAGGAGUUACCAUACUCUAUACGUUCACUUGUCACAUCUCAACUAAGAUCAGUCUCUUUUUAGGAUGAACCUCUUCCACGUUGUACACAUGUGUACCAUGUUUGUCACUGUUUUUCAACUGCGUAUGGACUUGUGAAACUUGCCAGAUCUCGACUCCUUUCAACUUAAUUCAUUCCAAGUUGAAAUGUCAUAGAAUGUCUAAACAAAAGCUAGAGCCUCCCUUAACAAAUCAUCUAUGGAUGUCUGGUUCCGUUCAGUGAGAUCCUUGGACUUGCCCUAUGUUUUUCAUGGCAGGUGCCUAUUGCUGUUCAGUUUGAUCACGGGAGCUCUCAGCAGGAGCUGUUGGAAGCCCUUGAAUUGGUAUAUUUUGCUAACUGUAUCACUCUUGUUGUAGUUCAAUAACUACUUUAUUGUCUAUUAUAUCCACAUUAGAACCUAUUUAAAUAGCAUCUUCAUCUUCCACCAUUGACUAUGCUGUGUCUUUUGGACGAGCACAAGGAGAUGCUGCUAAGUCUCUACUCACUGCAGGGUUUCAAUUCAAUCAUGGUUGAUGGUUCACAUCUUCCUUUUGAGGAGAACAUCUCCUUUACAAAGCACAUAUCGUCCUUGGCACAUGCAAGUAAUAUAAUGGUGGAAGCUGAACUUGGACGACUGUCAGGCACGGAAGAUGACUUGACUGUUGAGGAUUAUGAAGCGAGAUUAACUGAUAUGACUCAAGUAAAUAUAACCAUAGAAUAUAUUUUUCUUUUGUUAAAGAUCAGUGAAGAUUGGUAACUUGGCUCCACGUGUUUCAGGCUGAAAAAUUCAUUGAUGAGACGGGAAUUGAUGCUUUGGCCGUGUGUAUCGGAAAUGUCCACGGAAAAUAUCCAGCUUCUGGCCCAAAUCUGAGACUUGACUUGCUGAAGGUUUACUACUAUCUUCCAAUGCACAACUGGGAUAUAUUUAUAUUUCAAUAGAUAAGCAAGAAUAACUUCCACGCGUCUCAGCUCACACUCUCUAAAGCUUUUUGGAUGUUUGGCUGACAGUAGAUGUUACUUGAGCUUCACAAACCUACGGUUCACACCCACCACCCUUAGCUUCUAGGUGUAUUUAAUCCAGGACAAUCCGUUGACUAGAUGAUGAACUUUUUUUAAGAGAUAUUUCUUUCACAUUCAGCCACCUUAAUUUUUUUCAGUUAGAUCAGCAGUCAGUUUCACUUUCACCCAGGAAAAUAAUAUAUAUAUACAUAUUCAUAUUCACCAUAGAUGUGAUGAUCACAUGCUCCAACAGGUGGACAUCUAGUUCAAAGCCAUGGACACUCAGGUUGUCCAUCAUUCAUAUACCUGCAGCUUCUAUUAUAAAACUGACUGAUGGAUCAUGGAACUGCACCAGACACAGAAGUUCACCGAAUUUAUUCUUGAAAGCUUUAAUUUUCCCCAUGUAGAAAGAAGUGAUUGCCUCUCUAAUUUAGUCAUCCUCUUGUUAGAUCAUCAUGUUCACACUACUCAUGUAGACCCAAUUCUUUUCCUUAAUAUCUAGUAUUAUUUUCAGUAUCUCAAUAAGCUUUGUGCACUAAGAUAGUUCGCUAAAAGUUCACUCUUUGCAACUCUUGAUUUUUUUUUUCUUUUCUUUUUUUUUUUCAAUCUAUGAACCCCGACCACUGUAGCAUGUCAAACAGGCUUGUAGACUUGCCACACUUCUGCCCUCUAGUGGUUCAAUCUGUCCUAAAAUUUUAUGAUUCAGUUAACAGAUGAUCGUCUUUACCUUUUAGAGCCAUCGUUGACUUUCAGUUCAUGUAUGUUCUGAUUUUGAGAAUUUUUUUACCAAAAAUCGCUCAGAGAAUCGGUGCGUUCUUGUUGACAGGAUCUGCAUGAACUAGCUUCAAAGAAAGGGAUCGCUCUUGUUCUCCAUGGAGCAUCCGGAUUGCCAGAGGAACUUAUAAAGGUCAGACCGCCCCUUCAUCCCUCCCAUGUAUCGGUAGAGACUCGUACAGUGAUGGGAAUCGGAUUCCUGCUUUUUCCGCCAAAAUCAUAGCCAGUGCUUGCAUAUUCUGGGUAUAAAAAAAAUGUUCUGAUGAGAUUCCGGUCACCAUUUGAAGAAAUAAAGCCGCGUUCUGGAGAUCAGGGAAAGGUCAAACACUGAUAGCUGGAAUCGAUUCCCUGUUCGAGAGCAUCUACAAGGGUAAAUCAUGUCGCAGUGAUUCGUUAGGUUCACAGGUCCUGGGUUGUAUAUAUUAGGCAAGAACAUUUGUAGGCUCUAACCCACUCCCAUUCAUACAUAGCCCAUCAAAUCGGAUCUGAUCUUCAAUCUAACAAGAGUUAGCCCUCACCCCAGUCUGACACAGAAUCCUUCCGAUUCCCAUCGCCUUGCCCUAGAUUUUAUUCCAUAAAAAGCUUCAUUUUUUAUGUGCAUAUAUAUAUAUAUAUAUAUAUAUAUAUAUAUAGAGAGAGAGAGAGAGAGAGAGAGAGAGAGAGAGAGAGAGCCCGCUUCUGAGUGGGAUAUGAGGAGGGGGGGCGACCAAAGCUAACGAGGGUCUGUGAUGUACAGGAAUGCGCAGGAGCUGGCGUCCGGAAGUUCAAUGUGAACACGGAGGUCAGAAACGCCUACUUGGAGUCUCUGAGGAAGCCCAGCAAAGAUCUGGUCCACGUUAUGUCCUCGGCAAAGGAUGCCAUGAAAGCCGUCGUCGUGGAGAAGAUGCGCCUCUUCGGCUCCUCCGGUAGGGCUUGA